AUGUCAAGAGUAAUAGUAAGAGUCUUUUUAAAUGGACAGUCGAUUUCAGUUAAACCAAUGAAUUCACAAGACAAUUUGAAAACAGUUAGAGAGAAAUUAAAAGAAAAGAUAUCUGUUUCUCAACAAUUUCUAUCAAAAGAUGGAGAUUUAAUUGAUAUAAAUGAUGAAGAUUCAUUUACUAUAGGAGAUAUAAUUGAUUCAUCAAGAAUAAUAAAUAUCAAAGAAACAAUAGAUAAAAAAGGAAUAAAAAUAAAAUUAAAUGAUGAAAUAAUUAGCACUAUUGAAUUGGAUAAGAAAACAAAGAUAAGUGAUAUCAGAAAAUUAAUUCAAAAUAUUCCAGAAACUGCACAUUUCUAUACACCUGAGAAUGAAAUAAUUGAAAAAGAAGAUGAAGAACAAUUUUUAGUAGAAGAUAUAAUAAAUAAUGAUGAAAUUAAUCUUAAAAAAGAGAAAGAAAAUACAGUAGAAAUGGAUAUUGUAACUGCUGGAAUAUAUUUAAAUGGAAAACCUUCAGGGGAAAGACAAUUAAAUAAGAAUUCUUCUCUUUCAGAUAUAAGAAAAGAAAUUGAAAAUGUAAAAAAUAUUCCAAAAGAAUUUGUAUUUGAAGAUCAAAAAGGAAGUAAAAUAGAAAAAGAUAAAGAACAAACAUUAAAAUUAACUUCUAUUCUGUAUGAUAAUAAGAUCAAUAUAACAGAAAAAAUAGUACCUGUCAUUUCACCAAGUAACACUAAAGUAUUUGAUGCUCCACCAAAACUACGUUACAACACUUCUUUAAACAAUGCUAUAUUACCUUUCGGUUCACCGCGUAAUACUGUUAUAUCAUAUACUUCUCCAAAUGACACUACAGAUGUACCUGAAAAAAAUGUUCCAAUUAAAGGAAGUAUAAGAUUGAAAAAUCAUGAAGAAGGAAAAUUGAAAAUAUAUUUAUAUCCAAAUAAACCAUUUAAUCCAAAGGAUGAGAACGAUGCAAUUGCUAUUUUAGUUGUUGGUCAAACAGGAAGUGGUAAAACAACAUUAUUAAAUAAGACCAUGUUAAAAAAGUUACAAGGAGAAUACUAUGAAAUCCAAAUUGAUUGUUAUGAUAAACAACAAAGAAUUCUAGAGUGUGUUAAUAUAUUAUCAUCAAUUGCAUUAAAUAAUAAAGUUACUAGUUCUAAUGAAUAUUUAGACCAAUUAAUUGAAACUGAGAAUAUUGAAAAGAAACCUGGAUAUAAAAGUCGAAUAAGAGGAUAUCUUGAACUUAAAAAAACAAAUGAAAUGAUAGAAGAUAUUAUAAAAAAAUCAACAACACAAAAGAGUAGGGAGGAGAUUAAGGCAGAACUUGAAAGAAAAAUGAAUGAAUUAAAACAAGGAGAUGAAUCAACACUAGUUGAAUCAAUUCAAAAACUAUGA